UUGAUAAACUGGAUAAUAUGAAUAAGAAGCUUGUAAAUGAAGGUUUUAACAAUCUCAUUAAGCAAAAUGAGGAUGAAGGUUCAAUUAUAUUUCCAGUUAAUACAUUGCUCCCUGCUGGGUCUAAGGAAAGAGAAGAAGCUAGUGUAGAUCUUUGUACUACAAUUUCUCAUUGCAGAGUUGCCAUGACAAUUAAGUUACCGAUUCGACUGUUUACAUUUGAGAUUUCACUACAAUUAAGAGCUAAAAAGAAGCAACAAAGCUUCCUUACUAAAGAAGAAGUAAUUGAGAUCGGUAAGUCCCUUCAACUUGAUGAUGAAUCAGAUAUCGAUGAUGCUCUGCGAUAUUUACACAAUGUCACUAUCAUUCUUUAUUAUCCUGCUGUCCUACCAAAUAUAAUAUUUGUUGAUCCUGAACCAAUUCUUGAUGUCCUUUCACGUUUAAUUGCUAUCAGAUAUGUUAACCAUAAGGAUCGAAAUUUGAUUGCUAAUCCACCUCCUUCACCAGAUGAAACACGUGACUUCAUAAAAUAUGGUCUUUUUAAAGAAGAUCUUUUAGAAAUAAUUGGUAAGCAGAGAAUUUUUAAUAAAAAUUUUGAGUCAUCUCACAUGAUUGAUCUUCUAAAACACCUCAACAUCAUUGCUGAAGUAGAAAAUAAAGGAGAAAGGGAAAAAACUCAUCUCCGUGUCAUCACUGAUGUCAAAAAUAAGGAAAAGAAAAAUGAUUAUUUUUUCCCUUGUGCAUUACCAUCUUACAACAAGCUCAACCCUGCCUCAAAAGAAGUACGACCACUUCUGAUAGCAUGGAAGAUUUGCAAUAGGGGCACAACAACUCUAGCCAUUCCUCAAGGAUUAUUUCCUCUAACCAUUGUACACCUUUUAGAGAAAAGGGAUAUAGUAGACUUUUGUCCAGUAGGCAAAGAAUAUUACAGAUAUCAUGAUGCAAUGUCACUUUGUGUUUACGAAAAAUACUACAUAGAUAUCAUCAAUUGCUAUACACAUAUCGAAAUACGUUUUGAUGAUUGCAAGGCAUCUUGUCCAGAAAUUUGUGAAUUAGUCACAGAAGCUAUCAAAAGAAGCAGUAAGGAUCUCAAUGUUGAUGAUCAUCAUAUUUUUGCAUUCAAAUGUCCCAGCAAAAAUGAACAAUGUUACUGUAUUGCUAAAGAAGAUAAAUCUUCUGCCAGAUGUAUUCAAUGUCGACCAAAAUGCGAUGUACUAAAAGGUGAUGAUGAUAGUUAUAGUUGCUGGUUUAAGAAUCGAUUGUCCGAUCCAGGAGCUGCAGAAGUGGCAUCAUUAGCAGGUCCAGUGCAACCCACUGAAUCAUUAA